AUGCCGUCUGCUCACGUCCCCAAGAAAACCCAAGUGCUCGUUAUCGGCGGCGGUCCCGCAGGCAGCUAUGCUGCCGCCGCUCUCGCCCGAGAAGGCAUCGACGUCGUCCUCCUUGAAAUGUCUAUCUUUCCCCGAUACCACAUCGGAGAGUCUCUUAUUCCCUCCGUUCGACACUACCUACGCUUCAUCGGCGCAGAGGAGCUCAUCGCCACCCAUGGCUUUGCUACCAAGCCUGGCUCCGCCAUCAAAUUCAAUCAGUAUAUGCGCGAGGGUUACACGGACUUCGUCGCGCUCGGAUCCGACAACGCCGCCUGGAACGUCGUCCGCGCAGAGUUCGACCAUCUCCUGCUCCAGCAUGCCGCCGCCUCCGGCGCACGCGUCUUUGAGCAGACCCGCGUCACCGAGCUCCUGUUCGACGCACAGCCUGCGAAAACAGCAACGCCCGCUACGCCCGCCCGGCAGAGCGCGCAUCGGCCGUCACUCAACCGCAAGGUGUCCGCCGGCAGCUCGAGCUUGAGGGCCGUCGCCGAGGAGAGCCCGCUUCCCGCUGACGCUGCGAGCAGUGGGACGACGUCGAAGAAAAGCGAACAAGACGUGGGCUUUGGUCGGCCGAUCAAGGCGAUCUACGAGACGGCCAACGGCGGCAGGGGCGAGAUCGCGUUUGAGUACCUGGUCGACGCGAGCGGGCGCGCGGGCGUGAUGAGCACGAAGUACCUCAAGAAUCGGCGGGUCAACGAGAGCCUCAAGAACGUCGCCGUGUGGGGCUACUGGCGCGGCACGGGCAUGUACGGCAAGGGGACGGCGAGAGAGAACGCGCCCUACUUCGAGGCACUCAGCGACGAGUCUGGCUGGGCGUGGUUCAUCCCCCUGCACAACGGGCUCACCUCCGUCGGCGUCGUCAUGGCCCGGAAAGAGCUCGGCCUGCGCUCGCGCGCGUCCUCCUCCGCCUCGCCCUCCUGCUCUCCCGCGCCAUCCUUCACCAGCCCCGCCGCCGCCCCAGGGGGUGCGAGCGCGCGCCCGCGCUCGUUGUCGACCCUGUCCACGCGCACGGCGUCGACGCUCGCGGAGCGCUACCUCGGUUUCCUCCAGCUCGCGCCGGGCGUGCGCGAGCUGAUCGGCGAAGGCGCGCUCGUGGACGUCGCGGGCCCCGGCAUGGGCAUGGGCGUGGGCAGCGAGCAUGAGCGGGCCUGGUCCGGUGGGGAGGAGGCGAAGGCGGUGAGGAGCGCGAGUGACUAUAGCUACCACGCAGACGCGUAUGCGGGCGAGGGGUGGAGGCUCGUGGGGGAUGCGGGAGCGUUCAUAGACCCGUUCUUCUCGUCGGGCGUGCACCUGGCGAUGACGGGCGGGCUGAGCGCGGCUGCGUCGAUCUGUGCGAGCGUGCGCGGGGACUGCACGGAGGCGGAGGCGGCGCGGUGGCAUAGCAGCCGCGUGGCAGUCUCGUACACCAGGUUCCUCGUGGUCGUCCUGAGCGCAUACAAGCAGAUCCGCUCGCAGUCCACCAACGUCCUGGGCGACAUCUCCGAGGACAACUUCGACAGGGCGUUCGCGUGCCUGCGGCCCGUCAUCCAAGGCGGCGCCGAGAUGGGCACGCGCCUCUCCGAGGACGAGCUCCAGCGCGCGCUCGACUUCUGCGUCCACCUCUUCGACCCGACGACGCCCGAGCAGCACGAGCGCGUCCGCCGCACGCUCGCGAACCUCGCCGUGCACCCCGACGCCGAGCUGGGGACCCACGUCGACUGUGGGGGCAGCGCCGCUCAGGGCCAGCCCCUCCUGGACGUCCGCGCGCCGAUCGUAGACCCGGCGAAGCUGGAGAAGCUGCUGCGCUUCCGUUUCCGCCGUGGCUCCGGGUCGUCUGCGGAUCCUCGCGCCCAGGAGAGGGCGGAGACGAGGGGCGUGGCGGGGGCGGGGGCGGCGCCGGGGAUGGAGGACGCGGAGGUGCAGAUGGUGCUGGAGAAGGUGAACGCGCGGCGGGUAAUCCAUUCGGAGCACGGGGACGCACUGAAUAGUUUGGAGGAGGAGGCAGUGGAUGGGUUUGUGGUGAAGCUGGAGAGGGGUAAGCUGGGCUUGAGGCGGGCGGGGACGGUCUGA